AUGGAUCUCUACUCGACCUCUUUCACCAUCCCGCGCUCCGUCGGUGCUAGCAGCUUCGUCUCGGAUCCAGCCGCCAGUGCUCCGGGACCAUCCAACUCAGCGCCCGGCUUUGGCAACGAUGUGCUCAGAAACGCUACAAACCUAGGCUCGCGAGCCGGGCCGGCAGCUUCCCCUGCCCAGGAGGCGCCCGCCUCUUCGCUUCCAGGCCGAUUCACCUCGAUGCGUUCCCGUUUUCCACCGAGUGUAAAGGCUUUCAUGCCAAGCGCCUUUGGCGGUAAACGCACCAGCGAACGUAUCGUCGAGGCCGUCGGCGCAGAGAAGGCUGAAGCAGACGCCUCUGCCGCCGACGCCGCCGCCGCCGCCAACAAGAGUUCAUCGACCACCGCCGCAAAAGACGUCGAGACAUCCGCGCCGCUCGCCCCCAUCGGCGAGCGUGGCAACGCACGUCCAUUCAAGCUCGCCCACCAGGGCAUCGCUAGCCCCGACGACGUCGCUGCUAGCCAGCAUCGAGACAGCCGCUCCACCGUCGGCACGCGCUCCAGCUUCGACCUCUCCUCCAACGCCUCCUUCGUCGCAGACAGCACCGCACCCAGCAGCGCCGUCGGUGGCAACCCUUCCAGCACCACCCACUCCGCCUCCAACUCCAUCUCCGCCAACCAGCACGACCGCUCCAUGGCACACUCCCAGAGCUCCAAGGAUCUCCAGGAGGCCAUCCAGAAGCUCAGCUCCGACGUCAUGGCAAACCAUCAGUGCCUGGUCUCCUUUGCUCCCGUGCCCCAGCCCGACGAGUCGCGCCUGCCUUCCACGCCACUCACCCACCCUUUCCAGCGACAGAGCUCCUUCUCCUCGCUCCAGAGCCUCGACCAACUUCCGUUCCCCAACCCCAACGCUGCCAGCUCCUCGGGCUACCCUUACCAACAGUACCACCCGCAGCCCAUCGGUACGCCCGAUUCCCACUCCUCCGCCUUCUUCACAGGCCGCUCAACAGGCGAGGCCCUGGGCGCCGGCUUCCCCGGCCUCAACUCGAGCUCCCUCUCGCUCUCGUCGCUCAACCCGCAGUCGGCCACCGGCAGCCACAUUGCUCAGGAGGUCGGCCUCUCUUCCGCCCAAUCGCUCCGCUCGCCCCAGUCCGCCGCCAUGGCCGCUUCCCGUGCCAGUCUCAGCGGUGUCUCCAAGCCGCCCCAGUACAACUUCCACCUCAGCGGCGGCUUCCAGCACGUCAUGAACGCACGAGGCGCCAUCCUCCGCGAGAACCCCUUCAAGCUCACUGCGUCCAUCAAGGUGCCCCGCGCAGACGUCUUUGACAUCGCCCCGGGCUCCUCUCCACCGGGCAAGGAGAGCGUCAAGGCAGACAUCCGCCGCAAGCUCGACGAGGUUCAGACCGCCACCGGCGCCACCCUCACCGUCAAGAGCAACGACGUGCGCGGCGCCGACCUCGGCUACGGUCUCGAGACCGAGCGCAUGAUCGAAGUCCUCGUCUCGGGUCCCUUUGAGAGCGUCGAGCUCGCCCGUGUCAAGGCUCUCGUCAUCUUUGACGAGAUCACCGGUCUGCGCUCCGAAAUCUGCGAGAUCGACUACAAGCUGCACAACAUCAUCGGCGGACGCAAGCGCUGCGUCGUCCAGAAGAUCGAGGAGGAGACCGGCACCAACAUCUACCUGCCCAGCUCCUUCCUCGGCACCUUUGGCUCCAGCGCCGCCGGUCGAGCUCCUGGGCUAGCCGCUCAGCAGAACCAGAUCCACAUCACCGGCGAGUUCUUCGGCGUUCAGAGGGCCCGCGACAUGCUCUUCCAGGUAUCCAUGCACAAGAGCAAGGGCAUCAUCUCGCGCGACGCCGCCAUUCUCCCGCGCAAGCUCGACUGGAUGCUCACCGAGCGACUCGAGGAGCUCCGUUCCAUCAUGAUGGACAACGGCACCUACGUCGCCUUCCCUCUGCUCGGCAGCCAGACCAGCGUCAUCUCGGUAUUCGGCGACCAUCGCGUCAACAUCGAGCGCACCAUUCGCUCCAUCAUGCAGCUCGCCUGUCAGUUCUACGUCGCUUCCCUCUGGCUUCUGCCCGUCGGCUUUGACGUCUACAUGCCAUCGCAGGCCAACCUCAACCCGACGCAGGUAGCGCCCGUGCUCAAGCACGUCAGCAGCGCCUCCGGCGCCGAGGUCGUCUUCAAGAGCAACUGCUUUGAGAUCCACGGCCUCGAAUCCGAGGUGCGCACCGCCGUCUCGGCGCUGCUCGAUCUCGACCUCAUCAAGAGCUUCAACUUUGAAGUGCGCUUCCAGAUCGAGCUGGCCAACGAGCAUCGCGAAUUCAUCUCGGGCAAGAAGAACGGCAAGGUCAACAAGGUCAUGAAGCAGUGCGGCGUUCGCAUCAAGUUUGAGACCCUUAACGACUACAACUUCCUCAUCGACGUGUCGGGCAAUGACCGCAACGGAGUCUUGCAGGGUCUCGGACUGCUGCAAGAGGAGCUGCCUGCCGAGAUCUCGUUCCACGUGCCCGAGGCCUAUCACAAGCGCAUCAUCGGCGUCGGCGGCAAGAACAUCCAGCGCAUCAUGAAGAAGUUUGGCGUCUACGUCAAGUUCAGCAACGCCGAGGAGUUUGCGGCGCUUGGCGGCUAUCUGGACAAUGAGGACAACGUGAUCGCGCGUACUCCAGCCAAGAACGCCGCCAACCUCGAGAACCUCAAGCUCUCGGUGAUGGAGCUCGUCAGCCCCAAGGACAAGGACUACAUCAGCGAGACGGUCACCAUCUCGCGUCGCUACCAUCGCACGCUGUUGGGCGAGAAGGCCAUCUUCAUCCACGACAUCGAAAGCAAGACGAGCUCGAGCGUCCGCUUCCCGGCGCGCGAGUCGGCUUCGGACUUGCUCACCAUCUUUGGUCCCGAGUCGCAGAUCCACAUUGCGGCGCAGAUGCUGCUCGACCAUGUUCCCUUCGAGGCCGAGUUCCGCGCGCCCAACUCGCCCGAGCUGGCGCAAGCCAUCCAGCUGCCCGAGUUUGCCACGCUCACCGAGCAGCUCAAGCGCGACCUCAGCAUCGCCGUGUCGCCUGUGAUCGAGCAGCGAAGGCCGGGUGGCGAGGCGGUGUUCAAGCUGAGGCUCAACAGAAGCAACACCGACUUCCUGCCCACGGCCAAGGAUGCCAUCGAGGACUUCCUCAUCAACCACAAUGCCAACAUCUACGCUGCGCCCUCGAGGACGCGCUCGGACUCGUUUGCAUCCGCCUUCCCGCACUUUGCGAACAAGCUCAUCUCGACUGCGGCCGCGGCCGAGUCGAACGAGUCAUUCCAGAAUUCAGCCGCUGCCGCCGCCGCCGCCGCCGCCGCUGCGGAGCAGGCUCGCGUCAACGAACGCCGACUGCGCGCUGCAGCGUCGACGCCGGACAUCAAGGCGCUCUUUGACUCGCCCGCCCAGCAUCUGCACGGCGGGCCCGGCUUCCCGACGACCAACGGCGUAAGCAGCGCUACGGCGGCCAACUCGCCCAUGAUCCCGUCGUCUCUGUACGCCUCGCCGUACGGCAACGGACGCGGAUUCGGCAGCGACGUGUGGGGCAUGCCUACGCGCGGCUUUGCACCGAGCGCCACGAGCAGUGCGACGCCGAGCCUGAUUGGACUCCCGGCUCCGGCCAUGGGCACGGCCAGCGCGGGCUUGCCUAGCCCAGCUGGCCCCGGACCUAUUGGCGGGGCUGUGCCGAGCUCUUCGGGCGGGAUCCAGUUUCCUUCGCAGCCUCUGCACCACCAGGGCGCGAACCCGAGGCUGUCGGACGAGCUGCACAUGAACCGUGGCGUCGAGGGCAUGUCGAUGGAGGAGCGGGUCAAGGCGCUGCGCAAGCCGCGCUCGUUUGCGCACCGAGCGCAGAGCCUCGACAUUGGUGCGAUGGCGGCGCAGCAGGCAUCGCAGCACGCCAGCGGCAGCAUGAGCGUGGGACCGUCCACUCCGUAUGGACUGGGUCCGAUCGGAACUGGCGCCCCCACGCACUUCCCUGGUCACGUCGGUGCACCGUCUGGGUUUGCGGCUGGACCGGCCCACCAUCUGUACCAGUCGGCUCAGCAGCAGCCAUCGCCGCACGAUGCGCAGGCGGGCUUUGGACUCAACAACCACGCUGCGCAGCCGCACCACCUGCACGCGGCGUCGGCGAGCAUCUCGCGUCUGCCGCCCGGCCGCAAUGCGCCCAACCCGGAUGCUUCGACCAUGGACGAGGUGAGCCGGGUGCUGGCGCAGCUUGCGUUUGACCGCGCUGGUGCCAGGAUGCAGACGAUGGGCGCCGAACAGGGCGGUCUGGGCAUCAUGGAGGACGACCGGGAGACGGUGCGACUGUGGCGCGUGAACAAGACGAUCCACGAGCUGGUGCGCGACCGUGGGUACCAAGUGGCGGACGACGAGAUCAACAUUGACCUCGAGUCGUUCAAGGCCGAGUAUGCGCCUACGGGCGGCUCGGUUGACCGAACGAAGCUCAACUUUUUCACGGAGCACAGUGCGCACGAGAACCAGCGGCUGUUUGUAUUCUACUCGAUGGAGCGCAAUGUGGGCGUCAAGACGAUGCGCCAGUUCAUCAGCAUCAUGGAGGAGCGCGAUAUCCAGCGCGGCAUCAUCAUCUGGCCGGACAAGAUGACGAGUGCGGCUCGCAAGGUGAUCGACGCCAUGCGCGGCACCUUCCACCUCGAGGACUUUGAAGAGGCGUAUCUGCUGGUCAACAUCACCCACCACCAUCUGGUGCCUCGACACGAACCACUGUAUCCGGACGAGAAGAAGGAGCUGCUGCAGAGGUACAGGUUGAAGGAGACCCAGCUGCCAAGGAUUCAGCAGGCGGAUCCGGUCGCAAAGUACUUUGGCCUCCAGAGGGGCCAGGUGGUCAAGAUCACACGGCCCUCGGAAACGAGUGGCCGCUACUGCUCGUACCGCAUCUGCAUCAUGGCGUCCGCAGCUGCAGCUCCUACGGCGGGCUCGCACUACCCGCCGGCCGUAAGCUCGUACUACUUUGGUCCGCCGCCGUCCAGUGCUGCGUUCGGCCAAGGCGUCACGGGCAACCCCACCCUUCACGUGCCCAAGGAGAUCGUCAGGAUCGAGCGCGACUACUCUUCCGGGGAACUGCCGCAAUUCCACCCUUCGUUCCCACUCGAAAUCGAAGGCAGAAUAUCGCCAACGACGUUUUCGGAACUGGUCAACGACCUCAACGCGCUGCUCAUCGAGGCACACAAUCCACGCCGCGUCUGGAUCGACAACACCCUCGCCAUCGCCACGCUCUACCUCUCGACGCUCGUCCACACCUCGCACUACAAAAAGACAAUGGCAAAGGUGGACGAGCUGGUGGCGAGGACCAAUGCGCAGGUGCUCGAAAAGGCGGGCUUGCGAAUGGUGCAUCCUGCCAAAACGGCGUUUCUGUUCAUCGAGCUCGAGUACUUUUAA